AUGCCAGCCAAAGUCGCAGGAAAGAAAGGCGAGAAGAAAGCCGGAAAGGCUAAAGCCAUUGCUGAUGGAAAGAAGAAGAGGAGAGGAAAGAGAAGGGAAAGCUAUGCUAUCUACAUCUACAAGGUGUUGAAGCAAGUUCACCCCGACACUGGUAUCUCCAGCAAAGCCAUGGGCAUCAUGAACUCGUUCGUUAACGACAUCUUCGAGCGCAUUGCCACCGAAGCUUCCCGCCUUGCCCACUACAACAAGAAGUCGACCAUCAGCUCUCGCGAGAUCCAGACCGCUAUCAGGCUGCUUCUGCCAGGUGAACUGGCAAAACAUGCCGUCAGUGAAGGAACCAAAGCUGUGACCAAAUACACCAGCAGCAAGUAAACUCACUUUGUGGGUUUCCCGCCAAAACAAACGGCUCCUUUAGGAGCCACCAAAUGUUAUGAAAGUCAGUCAUUAACGUAAUACGAGCUUAAAUGAAAAUGUUUCUCUUAAUAUCAACUAUGAUGGUUUGGAUUUGGUUAGAGUUUUCCUUGUGUAUAAGGUCUGUUUUUUAACUGACCGCGCGACCUGUUUCUUGACCAGGCGAAACAAAA